CCCCACCUUUGCAGUUCCUUAGACCACGACAUUCCAUCAGAUAACACCGCCGCGUUACCAUUUUGCUGCAUGUGCGCCUACCGCAGUCGAUCUGUCGAGCCUAAAGUAAUCGGACUUUUGUUGCGGAACCUGAAAGUUUCCAUAUCAUCGCAGCCAUGGCAUUGCCGAAGAGGAUAGUCAAGGAAACGGAGAGGUUGAUGGCGGAACCUGUACCCGGAAUCAGCGCUGUGCCCCACGAGGAUAACUUACGGUAUUUCGACGUGGAGAUUCAUGGCCCUACUCAAUCACCAUACGAAGGCGGCGUCUUCAAACUCGACCUCUUCCUCCCCGACGACUACCCGAUGACCCCGCCCAAGAUCCGCUUCGUGACCAAGAUCUACCACCCCAACGUCGACAAGCUUGGACGUAUAUGUCUGGAUGUGCUGAAGAAUAACUGGUCACCAGCCCUCCAGAUCCGAACGAUCCUUCUUUCCAUCCAAGCCCUACUUGGAGCGCCCAACCCAGACGACCCCCUCGCGCCAGAUGUUGCAAAGGCAUGGAAGGAGGACGAGCCGGCCGCGAUUAAGACGGCCAGAGACUGGACACUGCAGUAUGCCACUCCUAAAUGAACUGGUCACUUGCAGGCGCAAGCGGUUUAGUGGACAUGUGGACGAGGGGCAGAUUGCUAGAGUCGGCCUCGCUGCUUAGAGAUGGCCGGAGGCGGGAGUUGGAAACUUAUCAUGGUCUUGGCACAUGUUUGUCAAAGACACGAACGGGGACGGCAGGCAGCAGACACUUUUGUGCAGCCCUCAUGGCAACAAGUCCAAGUACGGCGUACAUGUCGUAGGACUUGGGUCGAAAGCCGUCUUGCACCGGUAAGUUAGAGGCUUCAAAAGCUUCGAAACAUGUUUAGAUUUCAAAUGGUUAUCAGCGCGACUUAUGAAACCCCCUCUUCAUGGCUUUUGGUUUUUGAUAACCUUCUAUCACAAGCAAGCGGGGAAGUUUGGUUUCGCAAUCAGUUAGUGCAUAGACACUUGGUGGUCGACAGGGGCUAUAACCGGUUAACUAGGUUCUAUACCAGUCCCAAUUUUCUGCCAUGACAACACAAACCAUUUCUAUUGUUUCCUGUUGCGUCUCUGUUUCUUUUUGCGAUUUAGCUGAAUGGGUUUAUUCUUUCUUACGGAGGGGACUACCAGUAGCUGGCUAGUAUGUUGCACUGAUCAUCAAUCUGGCUAGGAGUGGCUAUCUUAUAUCGACCCUGAAGACUUUUGUGUACACAUGACCCAAGGCACGACACAACAAACAAACAUUGCUGUAAAUAGUCAUUUAGCACAUGCCAGGUACGUAUAAUAGCAAACGAUACUAUUGACACAGGGGUGAGGAAGGGUCCCCCCAUGCAGAAAGGCAAGGAGCGAAAUGAGGCCGAAAGCACAGACGUAAUAGCGAUUGCAAUUGUCGAUAUUUGUUCCAGGGAUUGAAUAAUGCCAUCGCUAUCACUUGAUCGGCUUCGGCAAUUUUUUUUUGACUCGGAGUCUCGACUACCGAAA